AAAUACAUUAACAUUAGUGACAAUGUGAAGAAAGGGAAAUUUAAAGACCAGCGUUUAAAAUCAUGGAAUCCAAAUGCCUGGAAAUAGCUGCCCUGGGAAGACCUCUGUAUCCUGGCAUGCUGUAUGAUUGCCGGAGUGACUCCUUUAUUCCAGGCGUUACAUUAUGGGAUAAGAAAGCACUGCGUGAUGACAUUGAUGUUCAUCAGAAGCUUGAAACCAAAAUGAAUUCUGCAGCCUCUGAUAGUCUCAGUGAUAAGGCAAACCUCCUAGACAUAAGUGCUUCCCUUAAAGCCAGUUUUCUAAGUGGAUUGGUGGAGGUUGGAGGAUCGGCCAAGUACUUGCAAGAUACCAGAUCUUCAGCACGUCAGUCCAGAGUUACUAUGCAGUACAGCCAGACAACAACAUUUGAACAGCUCACUAUGAAGGAGCUCGGUAAUAUCACCUACCCACAAGUAUUUGACCAGAAAACUGCCACUCAUGUAGUUACAGCUGUACUGUAUGGAGCUCAGGUUUUCAUGGUGUUUGAUUAUACAAGUGCAGAAAAUGAGAACAAAAAGGAAAUUGAAGGAAACCUUCAUGCAGUGGUCAAGAAGAUCCCUACCAUUUCCAUUGAGGGGCAAGCAUCCCUUAACAUGACUGAAGAUGAAAAAAAAAUGGCUGAGAAUAUUAGCAUCACAUUUUAUGGUGACAUUGAACUUCAAGAAAACCCAACCUCAUACAAUGAAGCUCUGGAUGUGUACAAGAAUUUGCCUGCUAUGCUGAAGCAACAAGGUAAAGGUGUACCUCUGACAGUGUGGCUGUAUCCCCUCUAUCUUUUGGAUGAUAGGGCUGCAAAGUUGGUGAGAGAAAUCAAUUUGAGCCUGUUGUGUGAAACAGAAAGUUUGUUGGAGGAAUUUAGUGAAAAGGAGAGAAUAUGCAAUGAUUUGAUCAACAGACAAAUAAUGGAUGAUUUCCCUGAUCUAAAGUACAAGUUGCUGAAGUUUCAGACAUUACACAGAAAUUAUAUAAGUUUGUUAAAGAAGGCACUAUGCAGAGUUCUGCCAGCUAUUCGGGGUGGGACACAAGAGGACAAGACACUGGGGGACAUCCUGAGCAUCCAUUACACAUCACCCUUCAAUGUAAGCAACAUGAACAAAUGGUUAGAUGACAUUGCAACUGAAUUAAAUAUACUGAGCUCCUAUACAGUUGGGUUGAAGGACAUCACAGUUGUGAAAUCAUCAGGGUCAUUAAAUUCCAUCUGUUUUCAUCCUGAUGUUGAUGUGGUGGUAUGUUUGUCAUUUACAUCUCUAAAGCGUGAUGACUCCUACCUAGCAGCGCUACAGGACUUUAACAAAUCUGAAGAAUUUAAAAUGUUGGGGAAAACAAGUGAGAGAGUUUCCAUUCUCCAAGCAGCACAGCCUUGGUUCACUUCUCCUGACAUUUCUACAAUCAUGAGGCAGAAUCUUUCUCUCUUUACCUCUUUUUUAAAGGCCAAUAAAAAUGAGAAGAGAAUCAAAUUCAUCAUUGCCUCCAUAUCUGAUCCCAGCAAUCCAGGAUCCUCCAUCCAACUUUAUCAGAAAGGUUCUCUGACAGAUCCUAAUUUCCAGCCUGUAUCCAAACCUCCCAAACCUGAAGUGGAGACCAGUGAUGGGAAAGUCACCCUGAAGCUUUCAAAAUCCCCAACUGGAGAGACUGUACACUUCAGAGUUGAGUACAGGAUGACACCUUCAAAUGAUUCAGCAGCUGAUGUUGAGGAAUGGACAGUCAUAGACACAUCAAAUGCACAGACCACCUUCACAUUGACUGGACUAAAGUCCACAGAACAAUACUGGGUCCGAUACAGAGCUGUUAAUGAUGUGGGAGUGAGUGAAGCCAGCGACUCUGUCCCCUUCACCUUUAAAGGGAAGCUCACGGUUACAUUAGAUCAAUGGAACUUCUCUAUACCCGUACUCAUUACUGAACUCAGGAAUGAAAUAAUGCCCACUAUCGGCAGGUCACGAUGGUCUCCAUCUACUAUCAAGUCAGAGGUUACAAAUAUUGUCAACAAUCCUGUGAGUAACAUGUCAAUAUGA